UUAGUGCUACAACGCAAUAUGCAAAAUCUAAGGAUGGAGCUACCUAAAGGCUACGAAGUUAGCUUUGUUGGCGAUAAUCUGAGUAAAUAUGAAUGCGCAAUAUGCUGUUGUGCUCUGAAAGAUCCAGUCCAGACUAGAUGUGGACAUCGAUUUUGUAAGGAGUGUAUCGAAGUUUAUAUUAGGCGAGGCGGUAAACAUUGCCCAAAUAACUGUCAGCCAAUCGCCAUUAAUGAGCUAUCGGUUGAUAAUGCAGCUAAACGUGAAGUUUUAAAUUUGGAUAUUUAUUGUCGAAAU